AUGGAGUUCACAGGUAGCAGUUACACUGGAGCCUUCAAGAAUGGCAGGUAAAUGAAUCACUAUUUUUAUCAUAGCAAUUUAGCAAAAUGGUCUGUGUCAAAAUUGAAAUGUUGGGUAGCUAGCUAGCUUGCACCAGUUCUUGCACAAGUUGAAGUUCAAAGUUCAUUGUUGUUCUCAUCUCACCACUGGUGAAUUAGCUAUGUAAUUUGCUCUGUUCCUCAGGAUGGAGGGAGAAGGAGAGUAUAAGUUCCCCACAGAGACAAGAUAUGUUGGGGAGAUGAAGAAUGGUAUGAUCCAUGGAAAAGGUGUACUCCAUUUUACAAAUGGAAGCCAAUAUGAAGGAACUUGGGAGAAAGGGAUAUCCAAACAUGUGUGUAGCAUACUUUCUGUGUGAGUGUGUGUGUGUGUGUGUGUGUGUGUGUGUGUGUGUGUGUGUGGACCUUCAUACAUGUGUAGGUCUAUGUGUGUGUUUCACAUUGGUUAUAGUGGACAUUACAUCUGGUCCCCUUUAGCAAUGAUAUACAUUCAUUGUCGCAAUUAUUACGUUGCUAUACCUCUACUCCUACAUGUGCUCUCUGCAUGCUCCACACAGGAAAUGCAUUCCUUUUUGGUCAACCGUUCAUUCAUGCGUAUCUCAGCCAUAAUAGUAGGUAGUUCGAUUAUUAUCAUGAUUACUACGGUCCAUUAGACAUGAUCUUGCAAGCAAGCUCAUGACCAAACACACCUGACUCCCAGCCAGCUCAGAGCCUUUGUUCGUGGUAAAAACUCCACAGGAUAUGGAACAUAGCCUAGACCUCUUAACAAAUGAUGCACGAUUAAAAGACAAUUGACUAUAUUUACAUAGGCCUAUGUUGUGGUAAAAUGUAAUUCCCCAAUCCAAACACAAGUUUGUCUCUUUUUUGCCUAAUAGCCCUAUUUUGCCAUUAGAUGCAAGUUUCAAGUUGAUGAAAAACUAAAACAGUUUGAUGCAGGGUACUACAGUGUUUUAAUCACUGAAACUACAAAGUGUUUCAUCCACAGGGAAAGUAUACCUUCUCUGAUGGACUGGAGUACCAAGUGAAGGACUGGGAGUUUUUUUUUUUUUUUUUUGUAUUUUUUUUUUUUGUGAUGGUUAUGACAUGGUGAUGGUUCUGUGAUGGUUAUGACAGACAGUUCUACACUGAGAGGUGCAAUGGACUCAAACCUGCAGGUAAACUAUAGCUUAUUUUUCUGUGAAAAUCUUCCAGAGGGUGUAUAUGAACAUAUUUUAAUAAGAUUUAAUGGUGCUAAAACAGUGUCAGUUCCUCUUUAAUACAAGCAGACUAAAUCCUCAAAUCCUUAAAGUGGCAAUAUGUAACUUUUUGGGCGACCUGACCAAAUUCUCAUAGAAAUAUGAGUUAUAAAUAUAUCAUUCUACUUGAAAGCAAGUCUAUACGUCCUGUUUCUUAGAUUUGUUUUUGCGUCUUUUACUUUCGGUUUUGUACACCAGCUUGAAACAGCUGAAACAACAAUAUUUUUGGUUAUUGAAAAUAUAUUUCAGAGCGGUUUAGAUGGUACAAUGAUUCUCUACACUAUGCUUGCUUAUUUUGUCACAUAAACUGAAAUUAGGCGAGCUAUUGGUGUUUUAGCAAUCAGGAAAUGGCAGAGCGAUUUCUGCAUAGUGCAACUUAAAAAAAUAAUUAGGGUAAUCAUCUAUUCAGUCUCUAUACCAUAGCAAUGGAAUAUAAUAUAUUAUCUCAAUGGUUUUUACCACAAUCUCUAUUUUUUUUCUCAAAUUCAGUCACUUCUGCUUUUUGUUGUUUGUCUCAAUACUUGACCAGUCACUGACUCUCUGUAUAUCUGUCCUGGCAGGGGAGUCUCAGCUGACCGACCUAGGCUCAUUGCGUGUCAUCCCAGAUGGCUGCUAUGACUGUGGGGAUGGAUUCUACGACCCCAACACCAGGGUCAUCACUAACUAUGAGCAUCACUUUCUUAGAAAUGCA